UUUGAGUGAACACGAUAUUUAAGCCUCCAACACUAGAAUUUUGUGGGGGGUUUUAUUUUCAUUUUUUUAAAUGCGUUGACCGAUUUUGGUCUUCCAGUCAGAUGUGAGAUGAGACAACUUCCUGUUCUUGGUGACAGUGCUGAAAUGAAGCUUCCUGCCACCAAGCGUUAAGGUGAAGGCGGCCUGAAUUCAGCGUGACAUCACUCUCACUUCACUCGAGGACCGAAGGCGAGGUUUUUCGGCGUAGGGGAACAAGUCCAGGAAGCUGCGUCGACAGAUAAGACUUGAAGAGCGACUGGUUUAUGGUGUUUGGCGGCACACAUGGAAGGUCUGCACGGUCUCAGGACCCUGCUGCUGUGGGCGGCUGGCAUCUCUUUGGCCUACUGUGAAAACACAACAGGUCAAUUCACAACAGGUCAAUUCACAACAGGUCAAACCACAACAGGUGAAUUCACAACAGGUCAAAACACAACAGGUCAAACCACAACAGACUCAAAGGUUUCAAACAGCAGCACAACAACCUCUCCAGCAAUUGUCACUCCGAUGUCCAAUAACGUUAACGUUACAAACGCGUCUGCCCCAAUCCAGUGUUCCUACAGUGUUACACCGAUACCAUUUGGGUUCAUGUUCAACAUCAAAAGCUCUGCCACUGGCGUGUACAAGAUUGUUUUGACCGAGGACGGCCAGGCGCUGACAAAACACUCUAACACCACAUCGGUCAACAUCCUGAAUCUGAAACCCUGCACGGAAUAUGAGCACAUCGUCAAUUAUCACAAUGACAAGAACGAAGAACAAGGAACUGGUUGUAACUUCACAAAUCCUAUACAGAAGACCUUUACUAAGGAAAUGAGUCAAAAGGAAACCCACCAUAACACCUCGGAUGGCUGUCUUUCGGUGUAUUCUGAAUGGGAUAUCAGCACUUCACUGUGCCCCAAGAAUUCUAGUGUUAAAUUUAAAGGAAAUGAAGUGUGCAUCAGCCCGGCCUUCAGUGACAUUUGCUCUCGACUCACAACGCACUUCAACAUUGCAAAAAAUUGCACCUCUUACAAUUUGACAACGUUCUUCAGUGCAGAUGUUUUUUUGAUGAAAGAGAAUAUAAAACAGGAUUAUACCUCCACACUUCCUAUGAACAUCACAGCACAUUUACCCCCAAAAUGCACCAAUCACUCCACUCUUUACUCCUGUGUGGAUGCUUCCAACAAAACCACAAAUGUGUCUGAUCUUGAACCCUUCACCAACUACAUCUGUACUGGUCACAUCAUGGAGCACAAUACCACUAAAAAAAAACUAAAGCUUCUCCCGGUCAGGAUUGACUGCGAUCUUAAUAUACAAAUUGAAACUCCUCACCCGACUAAUGAAUCCAUUGAAAUGAAAUGGACAACUGAAAGUGCAAAUUGUGUGAAUGUGGUUUCUGAAGGAACAAAGCUUUCAUACGAUUGCUACUGUAAGCCUAGCACGGAAGCAAACAAGAAAUCUGGAAAAAGUACGGCAAGGAAACCCCCAGCCCCUGUUCGCUGUAACGUUCCCGGCCUAAAUCCAUUCACUGAGUAUAAUUGUACUAUCCAACCUAUUUACGACAAUAAGCCUGUUGGCCGACCAGAAACAAUGACACUGGGUACCUUAUCUGGAGUGCCAGAUGACAUCACCAACCUGAAAGCAUACCUUAUCGACAACAAUGUGAUUGAAGUGACCUGUGAUCACUCAAAACAGUUUAAUGGGGUGAAAACUGGCUUCAGUGCAGUUAUCCAGGAUAGUGUCACUGUGAAAACACAAAACCAAAGUGGAACAUGUAAAUUCACAUUCACAGAUUUGAGCUACUCUACCACGUACAAAGUGGAGGUGUUUGCCUUCAACCAGGAUUUCAGGAGUAAGAACGGAAGGCUGGAACAGGUUUCUACUUCCUACAAUGACAAAGCCCUCACUGGGUUUCUUAUCUUCCUCAUCGUUUUCACAUCAGUGGCGCUCCUUAUAGUUCUCUUCAAGAUCUAUUCGGUGAAACGGCAAAGGUCCCAAGACAUCCAUGAAAACCUGCUUCUUAUCCCAAAUGCAAAAAACUUUUCGGUGGAACCAAUCGAAGCUGACACGUUGCUGGAAGCAUACAAAAUUAAACUGGCUGAUGAGGGACGCCUUUUUCUGGAAGAGUUUCAGAGCAUCCCCAGAGUUUUUACGAAGUCGACAAUGAAAGAGGCUAAAAAACCCUGCAAUGCCCUGAAGAACCGUUACGUGGACAUUUUACCAUAUGAUUACAACCGAGUACAGCUUUGUACAGGAAAUGGCAAGGCCGGCUGUGACUACAUUAACGCCAGCUUCAUUGAUGGCUAUAAUGAGUUAAAGAAAUACAUUGCAGCUCAAGGACCAAAGGAGGAAACGGUGUGUGACUUCUGGAGGAUGAUCUGGGAGCAGAAAUCUUCUAUCAUUGUCAUGGUAACGCGCUGCGAAGAGGGAAACAAGGUCAAGUGCGUGCAAUACUGGCCUUCUCCUGACCGAGAGACAGAAAUCUACGAGGAGUUUGUUGUCAAGCUCCUUUCGGAGGAUUACUUCCCCGAUUAUAUCAUCCGCAGUCUUAGCCUGACUAACAGGCAAGAGAAAAUCGAGAGAGAUGUGACCCAAAUCCAGUUCAUCAGUUGGCCCGAUCAUGGCGUUCCGGGGGAGCCCCACCUCCUCCUGAAGCUCCGACGGCAAGUUAACGCCUUUAAGAACGUUUUCAGCGGGCCCAUUGUUGUCCACUGCAGUGCUGGAGUGGGCAGGACGGGCACCUACAUCGGCAUUGAUGCCAUGAUGGAGUGUCUGGAGGCAGAAAGCAGAGUGGACAUCUAUAGAUUUGUUCGUAAUCUCCGCAGACAGAGAUGUCUCAUGGUUCAAGUGGAGGCCCAGUACAUCUUAAUACACCAGGCCCUACUGGAGCACAACCAGUUUGGAGAAACGGAGAUCUCGCUGUCAGAGCUUCACAGUACACUGAGGAUGCUCAAAGACAUCAGCUCUGCCAAUGAACCUACUUUACUGGAGGAAGAGUUUAAGAGACUUCCCACCUACACAAACUGGAGGACAUGCAACACAGGGAUCACAGAAGAAAACAAAGCCAAGAAUCGCUGUUCGUCGAUCAUCCCCUACGACUACAACCGAGUGUUACUGAGUGCGGGUGAAGGGUCCAGCUGCGAUAGCACCCCUGAUGAAGACGAUGAGGAACAGCCAUCUGAUGAAGAGGAGGAGGAGAAGUCCACUGCAUACAUCAAUGCUUCCAAAAUUCAUGGCUACUCGAACUCUUGCACCUUCAUUGCAGCACAGUCUCCUCUAGAUAGUACCAUGGCUGACUUCUGGUUGAUGGUUUACCAGAAGAAGGCUUCCACCAUCGUCAUGCUGGAGGCCAAUGGAGAAGAAAAAGAAUCUGCGUUUUGGGAGAGCAAGGAGACGACCACUUAUGGGGAUAUUGAAGUGCAAGUGCAAGGAGUCGAUGAUAAUCCCAGCAUGAACAUCAUCCAUCGUAUGAUGUUGAUUCGUCACGUCAAGAGGAAAGAGAAACGGACGGUGGUGUACGUUCAGUUCCUGAAGUGGGGGAGCAGAGAGCUGCCGGAGAAACCUCAAGUUCUGACGGACAUGAUUAAGGAGGUCAAGCGUGGGAAGACGCCAGGACGCGCUCCAGUUGUCGUCCAAUGCAGUGAUGGUUCCUCCCGUUGUGGUAUUUUCUGCGCACUGUGGAACCUUCUGGAUAGUGCUGAGACGGAAAAGACAGUGGAUGUUUUCCAGGAGGCCAGAACUCUGCGUAAGGAGCGAAAGGGGAUGAUAGCAAGUCUGGACCAGUACCAGUUCUUGUAUGACGCGCUGGACGGAGUCUACCCUGUCAAGAACGGGGAGGUGAAACCUGUUCAGGCCUCUGAAGUGGACUCUGUCCUGUUGGUCAAUGAGACCCAGAGUGCAGAAGAGGCUGACGGCACUCCCUUGAUGGACCAGCAGGGAGAAGCAGAUAGCAGUGGAAAGCCUGUAGCUGAAACAGGGAUGGAGAAUAGAAAGGAGGCAGAAAAAGUAUCCGGCCACCCCACGGAGACAACACCUUAGGGGUCUGAGGAGCGGUGGCAAGUGUCGUUUUACUCGCAGCAAUAAGCGCUUCAAUUGGAUGCUUCCUUUUGGGACAGGUAUUGUGUUUUUAACUAUGUAAGUGUAAAAGAUGUGCAAAGCUUCAGUUUAUUGAGCAUCUAUCCAAGUUAUGGGAUAGAUGCAAGAUGGCCAACCCUCUUUAGGGGUUCCAAAUGCUUCCUGGUGAAGUUUUAAUUUCUUUGAAAAGCUUUUAUUAAGUUUUUGUAAGAGAAAAUGAUAGGACAUAGAACUAUAAUUACAAUCUUGGCUACAAUAUUGGAUGAAUUCAUCAGUGUCAGAGCUUUUUUAUUUUUUUAAUUAUCCACAAGAGCCUCUUCUACAGUAUAAUAAUAAUAUACAUCCAUACAUACACACACACACAUACAUAUGUAUACAGUACAGUCCAAAAGUUUGGACAAACCUUCUCAUUCAAUGCGUUUUCUUUAUUUUCAUGACUUCCGUAUUUCCUUGAAUUACCGCCGGGGCGCUAACUAAUUUAAAACCUAUUCUCACUCCUACACUUACCAAAGGCAUGCGGUAAAAGUAAGCAUGCGCUAAUUAUUUUAAAACCUCUUCUCACUCCGGCACUUACCAAAGGCAUGCAGUAAAAAUUUGAGUGUGAUGUAAGCUUGUACCUUAAAUCCUACUGAAUAGCUCUUAAUCUUCUUCCCUUUAUGCGAUUUUAAAUUACCGGUAUUGAAAUCAGCUUCCUCUAUUUUGAAAAUGAUGACAGGGGAAGUGUCACUCGUGACAUCAUGAGUUUGACCAGGCGGUACUACUAAGCAUGCGCUAAUUAUUUUGCAAAGCGAGUUUGACCCGGCAGUAAUUCAAGGCAGGUGCAAACUAUAUGCCCUGCGGCAAUUCAAGGAAAUACAGUAUUUACAUUGUAAAUUGUCACUGAAGGCAUCAAAACAAUGAAUGAACACACAAGUUAUGUACUUAACAAAAAAGUUGAAAUAACUGAAAUCCUGAUUUAUAUUGCAGUUUCCUCAAAAUAGCCACCCUUUGUUCCGGUUACUUCUUUGCACACUCUUGGCAUUCUCUGGAUGAGCUUCAAGAGAUAGUCACCUGAAAUGGUUUUCACUUCACAGAUGUCAUAGUUCUGAUGCCUGCAGUGACAAUCUACAAUGUAAAUAGUCAUGAAAAUUAAGAAAACACAUUGAAAUGAGAAGGUGUGGCCUGUAAUAUACAUAUAUAUAUAUAUAUAUAUAUAUAUAUAUAUAUAUAUAUAUAUAUAUAUAUAUGCAGUAUGUAUAUAAUAUAUCCAUUCACACUCUUUAUACUGUUAGUAUGUAGGGUAGUUUUAUUGUAUUAUGAUAGUACGAACUGUAACUUAUUGAACUUAGCAACUGUGUCGAGGAGACUGAUAAAUACAAUAAAUAUAAUCAUUUAAAGGGUCAUUUGUCGCCCACGCUUCAUAUUUUAUUGGUACAUUGUUGAAAUAUAAUUCAACAAAGCAAAUAUUUUAUUUAUUUGGAUAAACAUAAAAAAUAGAUGUAAAGAAAAAAGGCGAAAUGUUAAUACUGAUGACUACUGAUAUCACAAAGCUUUGUAUUUAUGUACAGGUAUAUAACUUUUUCUUUUUACCUGUGUAAACAAUUUAAAACAUUUUGAAAAUGUCAACGUUAAAGUUAAAGUACCAAUGAUUGUCACACACACACACACACACUUGGUGUGGUGAAAUUUGUCCUCUGCAUUUGACCCAUUCCCUUGUUCACCCCCCGGGAGGUGAGGGGAGCAGCGGUGCCGCGCCCGGGAUUAAUUUUUGGUGAUAUAACCCCCAAUUCCAACCCUUGAUGCUGAGUGCCAAGCAGGGAGGUAAUGGGUCCCAUUUGUUUAAUCUUUGGUAUGACUCAGCCGGGGUUUGAACUCACAACCUACUGAUCUCAGGGCGGACACUCUAACCACUAGGCCACUGAGUGGCAUCCUUAAUUUUUUUUUAGUCUCUGGCACUAGAUGGAAAAUGUUUCCAUAAUCGUAAUAUCAUAAUUCAAGAGAGCGAUAGAUGUUCAAAUGGAUCGAGGGUUUUUACAUUCAGAAAUUGGUACAACUCUGGCAAAAAUGCGAAACCGACUGCGAUUAAAAGAUAGAAGAUUUAAUAUCCAUCACAAAUACAGUAUAUGUGCCAUGUAUAAAAACUUAAAUACAAAAACAGCCUCAUCAGAAAUAUAAACAAUGAAACUCUUGGAUCGACACUUGUAUCUAUAUAUUUGUAUUUGAUAUUUAAAAUCUGUAUGUACAAAAUGUCUGGCAGGACAUUUGAUUCUAAUGUGCACUGUACAUUUGAAGCGACGUUGAAAGAUAUUUUUACAUGCGGUACAAAAAUAUUCCAUUUUACUCAAGGCAUGUGUAAGUCAUUGCUGAGCCACUUCUUUUACUUUUCAUCUGUAAAUAGCUGCAUGUACUCUUUCAGUAUUAUAGUUUGCACAGUCGCCAUCCUUCAUUUUGUUGCCAUAUCUGUUUUACCAUGAGUCACAAUGCCAAAGGUUUGUGUAGCGGUCCGCCAAUAAUAAAUUUGGAAUGCUACAAAUCGA